CUUUACCUCAGCGAGUCAAAUUCAACCACAACUGUUGUCAAGUAACAAGUAACAAUAAAAAUGCUCCCUAAACAACUAUUUCGGGACGAUGGUGAAUGUAUCCAGAUGAUUGAUAGUAUGGAUUCAUUUGGAUUAGAAUCAACAAAACCAAAUGCAGACAAUGUUAUGUCGUUCAGAAAAUGUCACCAAACUGAUUUCGUCAAAUCAGCAUCUGCCGUCGAAAAAAUUAACAAACCGUGUAGAGAUUUGAAGACUGCUGUCAACAAACUUACACUGAAUGAUAACUUGAUUGCUAAUUGCAGUAGAACCUACUCGCUCCCGACGGUCGCAGGAAAACAUCAAGAUCUGAAUAGCAUCUCACCACAGACACUUUCUGAUGUCAUUGAUGGUCGCUACAAAAACGUCAUCAAUAGUUGUCGAAUCAUUGACUGCAGAUACCCGUAUGAAUUCGAAGGAGGUCACAUCGAAGGUGCCGAAAACAGGUAUUCACAUGCAUCCAUCUUGGAACUUCUUCAACAGCGAACGAUAGAGAAGCAAAUUCUUGUUUUUCAUUGUGAGUUUUCAUCAGAACGAGGCCCUAAGAUGAUGCGUUUCUUGAGAAGUAAAGAUCGGGAAUUAAAUAAAGAAAACUAUCCUGCUUUAAACUACCCAGAAUUAUAUUUACUGGAUGAAGGGUAUAAAUCCUUUUUUAACGAAAAGUCAAUGUAUUGCGAUCCUAUUAGUUAUAAACCGAUGAUCCAUUCUGAACAUUCGUCCGAUUUACGUCAUUUCCGGUCAAAAUCAAAGUCUUGGACUGCUGGAGAAAAACGACGACAUGCAAAAAGAUCCAUACGCCUGUAAUAUGAACUUUCAUAUUGUAUAACAAUAGUGCUACUCUGAUAUAAAGUAACUGUGAUACAAGGUAACUGUGAUAUAAAGUAACUGUGAUACAAGGUAACUGUGAUAUAAAG